AAUCCGGUAGGAGAUCUCCUAUGGUGGGACCGUAUGUUGGAUGAUAUGACAUGAACCUAAUUUUCUGAUCUUGUAAAAUAGAAUUUCUUAGUAAAAAGAGAGAUAUAUGUCAUGUAAUUAAUUGUUUUAAUGAUUGAUCUUGUCUAGUAUCUUAAUACUAGAACUGAUAAUUGUUGCAGAUAAUUUGAGUUCAUAAGCAAUGGGUGGGAGUUUGAUAGAAUAAUAAUUGGGGAUUGACCUCAUCAUCAUCCAUCACAGUUAACAAGGUUCCGGGACUGACGGAGCUGCCUUUUUGCAAUAUCAUCCAUCACAUGACAUGGGUAGGUACUUUUUCAAGAAUUAGAUAUUAGUAGACUUCCCAUUUUCCAUAAUCACUACAACAGCAUGGCGCUAUUCAAUUCUUCUUCUGUAAGCAGUUUUAGUAGUCUUGUGAAAAGAGGUGGAAAACAAAGACGGUGGCCUCUCUCACCCUACAAAGGUAAAUGGCAGCAAAAGUUUGAUGAACAGCGAGCAAUGGAAACCCUUAUGAGAGAGGCAGCAAAUUUUGAACAACAACAAAACCCUGACAAGCCUCUUCUCCUCUCUGCCCUCAUCAACUCCUUCAACAUUUAUGGAUGUGAACCCACCCCUUAUGCAUACUCUUUCAUUAUCAAAACCUUAGCCAAAAAUUUCUGGUUUGAUCAACUCCCUCCAGUCCUGGAUCGUCUUGAGAAAGUUGAAAGUUUUGAGCCACCAGAAAAUUUUUUUGUUGAUCUUAUCCGAAUCUAUGGAAAGGCAAAUAUGUUUCAGGAUGCUGUUGAUAUCUUCUUCAGAAUUCCAAAAUUCAGAUGCACCCUCUCUGUUCACUCCCUGAAUGCUUUACUUUUAGUUCUCUGUAAGAAAAGCGUUGGUCUUCAAAUGGUUCACCAAAUUCUAUUAAAGAGUCAUGCUAUAAAUAUUCGGCUUGAGGAGUCAAGCUUUCAUAUACUGAUUACUACUCUUUGUAAGAUAAAAAGGAUUGGUAAUGCUAUUGAGCUAUUGAAUCAUAUGCCUCGUUGUGGGUACAAUGCAGAUGUGACAUUGUAUUCUUUGAUUCUCUCAUCAAUGUGUGAACAUGGCGAGUUCUCGUCACUCGAGGUUACGGAUUUCCUGGGUGAAAUGCAGAAGACAGGAUUCACUCUGAAUGCGGGUGACUUUGUUAAUGUGAUAAAAGUUUUGGUUAAAGAUGGGAGGGGGAUGGAUGCCUUGGAUGUGUUAGACCAGAUGAAAUCGGAUGGGAUCAAGCCUGACAUCGUUUGUUAUACCAUGGUUCUGGAUGGGAUUAUCUCUGCUGGGGAUUUUCAGAAGGCAGAUGAUUUGUUUGAUGAAAUUCUUGUGAUGGGUUUAGUUCCUGACCUUUAUUCUUUCAAUGUCUAUAUAAAUGGUUUAUGUAAGCAGAAUAAUGUAGAAGCUGGAUUUAAGAUGGUUGGUUUAAUGGAGCAAUUUGGGUGCAAACCAGAUGUGGUUACUUAUAACACACUUAUAGGGAUGGUUUGUAAGAUUGGGCAGGUGAGGAGAGCACAAGAUCUGAUAAAGGAGAUGGGUUUGAAGGGCGUCCAAGGGAAUUUGCAUACAUAUACAAUUCUGAUUGAUGGCUUGGUUUCUAAAGAUCAAGUGAUGGAAGCUUUGAUGUUGUUGGAGGAGAUGUGGAGUUGGGGUUUUAUUCCUCAGUCUCUGACUUUUGAUGAGAUUGUCUGUGGGCUGUGUAAGAAAGGUCUUGUUUCUGAGGCCCUCAAACUGUUGGAACAAAUGGUUAGUCGUGAUGCUACUCCUGGGACAAGGGUUUGGGAGGCAUUACUUCUCAGUUUGGGAUUUAAAACCAGUCUUCUUGAGAGCACUUCAACUAUUUUGGAGGAUCUAAUGUGGAAUUCCCUUUGGCUUCCAUUCGGGUUAGGUUACUAUUGAUGUAACUUCAGUUCUAACCUCAGGUAUCUGUUGCAUUUCUGAUCCUCGAGAGAUCUUGCACUAUCCUUGGUCCUAUAUGCCAAAUGGUGCCAGAGAUU